UAGAAAAUUUUACUAACAGAGAUACAAAAGUGGGCGGUAGGUAUAAAAAAGUUGACUACCCCUGAUCUAAAGCAUACUAUACAUGUAUCAAAACUGGGGAAGGAAUGCACCUAAAUGCUUUAACUUGUAUGAAGAAUGUAUCAUGAGAAAUUUAACGAGUUCUACAUAUUGUGGCUGGUUCAGAGCGCUUAUGAAAUAAAGCUCAACGAUAGAUUUAAUAUCUAUAUAUUAAAAAACGGAGACACAUUGAUACUAGUGGGAUGCUACUAGUAGGGAAUCAGACCGCUCCUGUUAUUGUGGGGAAAACACCGCAGAGUGGCUUUCUCAAAUUACGGAAUUCAGCAGCACUGCCACUUUUCAACGGGACUUCUGUUUUGAGGGCUGUAGGUUGAAUCUGCUUUAUUUUAGACAAGUAUAGAUUUCCUAGUUCUUAACCGGUUUUAUUCUGUUUGUUUAGACAGGCUAUAAACUUUUUUCUUUUUAAACUUAGCAUUCUGGAAGAGGCCGAGCGGCUGUCACAAAAAAAACACUAUAAACUCUCGCCUUUCCCCCCAAUUUGAAGGCCUGGACUUGAAAGUUCCUCGGCCUGCCUUCCUUCGGGAAAAUCGGUCAUCUUGGAGGCGAAAACCGUGUGCUUAAAAACUUGCUUCUGCAACCUCUGCCCGACCAAAGCUUCGUCCUCUCCAAAUCCUUCUUCGGCACAGGAUACCCGGGACCGCCUGCCCCGGUUCUCUCAGCCUCAACUGUAGUGGUCACCCCGCACCGCUUCGGCGCCCCGCAAUCUCCCGGGCAGCGGCUCUCCUACCACUCGCGUCGUAGUCUCGGUCGCAGCAUAGCCCGGCGGCGCUUCCCAAAGGGGAGAGGAAGGGAACCACCGCGCGGGAGGGGAGUCUCCCCUCAGGGCUCUUCGUCGUAAGCCGCGUCGCCACCCCCCCCCCCGCCCCAGCCUGAUAAUCGGGCGCGUUCCCCCUCCUCCAUCCGGCUAACCUCGACCAAUCGAAAAGAUGCGCACGUGAUAAGCGUUCCCAACGAUGACUUCAUCCCUGGUGUGGGAUGACGUCAAAUUCAAGAUGGAUGGAAUCACGGCGGUGGCGGCGGCGCGCGCGGGUGAAUCGUAAAAGAAGACGGCCGAAGGGGGAAGGAAAGGGUGUGCGCGGAAGAUCACAUGACAUAAAGACUUUGCCAAAUUAAGGAGUAAAUGCAGUCCUGAAUCUAAGAUUUCUCUUCUUUGGAAGUAUUUUCAAGAAGAAGAAGGAAAACAUUUCUGAUCACAAUAUCUACAAAAAGCAGAAGAACUACUAGAAGACAAAGAAUCUUACAUCCCAGUGAACAUUAAUGCAACACAAAAACUAGACAAUCAGAUCAAGAGAAGUAUCCAUGACCUCACUAAGAAAGGCCAAAUUACCAAAGAUAAACAGUGGGAGAUAAGAAAAGGUGGACUCAUCCUUUCAUGCUUCUACAAAUGCCCCAAAAUGCACAAACAUGACAUACCUCUCCAUUCAAUCGUAUCAAUAGUGGGGACCCCUACCUACAACAUCACAAAAGAAUUAACAAAAAGGCUUUGGCACCUCACAAGAGGAAACAAACAUCCAUCAACUUUCCACUACAGUGCCUUCAAACAAUCAGAGACAUGACUAUAGAAGAGGACAAAAUCAUGGUCUCAUUUGAUAUCACAGCUCUGUUCAUGUCCAUAGAUUUGGAAUUAGCAAAGAAUUUAUGUCAACAUUGUUCCAUAACACAGUUGAUUUAACCAAAUUACACGGAGAUUGAAACACCCAAGGAUUAUGGAUCUCAUAAACCUCUGCCUAAUGACAUAUUCCAAUUUGAUGGACAAACUUACCAACAAAUUAAAGAUAAACUUAAUCAUGGAUGGACUUUUGCAUUAUAUAAAUCCCGCACAUGCUAUUUCUCUUUUAAGUGCUUUAAAUGAACAGCGUCUGAAAGGACAACUUUGUGAUGUUGUUCUCAUAGUAGGAGAUCAAAAAUUUCGAGCUCAUAAAAAUGUUCUCGCUGCCAGCAGUGAAUACUUCCAGUCUCUAUUCGCUAAGAAAGAAAAUGAAUCUCAGUCAGUAUUUCAACUUGAUUUCUGUGAACCAGAUACCUUUGAUAAUGUAUUAAACUACAUUUAUUCAUCAUCUUUGUUUGUUGAGAAAAGCAGUCUGGCUGGUGUGCAAGAGGUAGGCUACAGUCUUGGAAUUUCCUUUCUUACUAACAUUGUAUCUAGAAGUCCUCAAGUUCCUUUGCCUGCAUGUCCAAUCAAGAAAAUACUAUUCCAAGAAGAUGAUGAAAGUGCCUCCCAGAAAAGAAGUGUCAUCGUUUGUCAGAGCAAAAAUGAAAUACAGGGGGGAAAUGUUGGUCAAACCUCCCAUGAUAUAAGCCAUAGUUCUAAUUUUUUGUCAUCAGUUGCUAUCAAAACUAAGUGGUCACAACCAUCAACUGAAUUUCAACACAGCCUAUCACUAAAUGAAAAGAGGUGGUUGAAAGAUAGUUCUUUAAGAUACUCAAAGACCCAUGAAUCUUCAGUUACAAUGGAUGAUCAAAGUAAAAUGAAAAGAAAUGCAAUAUUAUCACAGAAAUCUUUUGUAGAAAAAGAACUGGCAGUUGAUGAACUAGGAGAAAGUGAUCAACUAUUAAGAAGAAAGGCAGAGGAAAUAUCCUUGAAACAGGUUUGUCCACCUGUUGAAUCUGUAUGCGGUUCAUCAGAAGCCACAUUUUUGCUGAAGGAAAGAAACAAAGGAACUAGUUCAGGUGAAGACAGGAAUUUACUAUACUAUUCAAAAUUAGGAUUAGUAAUCCCAUCUAGGAUAGCUGGUCCUGAAAGCCAAACUACUGACAGGAGUGGACCACUUGUAAAAAGUCUUCUUCGAAGGUCAUUGUCAAUGGAUAGUCAAGUUCCUAUAUCUUCACCUUCUAUUGAUUUAAAGCUUUCUCAAAGAUCUUCAGUUGGGAACAAUUCACAAGGAAUAAUGUUGAAUGUAAUAUCACAAAAGUCACCCAUUAAAGAUAUUUCAGAAAUAGCAGCUUCUGUUGAUAAGACACAGAUAAUGCCUCCACAUCGUCUCAGAUCCUUCAGUGCUUCUCAAUCAACAGACAGGGACAUGAAUUCUCAAGAAGUACAAAUUAAAAUGGAACCUAGCAGUCCACUUUCAGAUCCAUCUGAAAUUAUAAGAAUUACAGUGGGAGAUACUUUAUCAUCUGUCAACAAAAGUGACUGUUUUAAGACUGAAGAUGACCACAGAGAACUCACUAAUUCUCUUAAAGCAGAAGAUAGUGAGCUCAAUAGACUUCCAGCCAAAAGAAGAUUUCAAGCAGACAGAAGGCUACCACUCAAAAAAAUGAAGGUAGCUCAACAUAUUUCCACAGAGUCAGAGGACAAUUUUGAAGAGAAUUUGAAUCCUGUACCCUUUGUUGAUUUUCCAGAUUCUGAUGUUAGCAGAGAUGAAUGUGGUGAAUUGGAGGAAACAAAGCCUAACAAAAAAUUUAAGUGCAAACACUGUCUUAAGAUUUUCCGGUCAACAGCAGGCCUACAUCGUCAUGUCAAUAUGUACCACAAUCCAGAGAAACCAUAUGCUUGUGAUAUUUGUCAUAAGAGAUUUCACACAAACUUCAAAGUUUGGACCCAUUGCCAGACACAACAUGGAAUUGUAAAGAACCCCUCGCCUGCUUCUAGUUCACAUGCUGUCUUAGAUGAAAAAUUCCAGAGGAAAUUAAUUGACAUUGUAAGAGAACGGGAAAUUAAAAAGGCUUUGAUUGUUAAAUUAAGACGUGGAAAACCAGGGUUUCAGGGACAAGCUAGUUCACAAGUUCAACAAGUCAUCAAGAGGAAUCUUAGGUCAAGAAAUAGAGGAGCUUACAUCUGUACCUAUUGUGGGAAAGCAUAUCGCUUUUUGUCACAGUUUAAACAGCAUAUAAAAAUGCACCCAGGAGAAAAACUGGUUGGAGGAAAUAAAACUCUUAUUAAACCAAAAGAAGAUAGUUGCAUUGAAAACUCAGUGGAAAACAAAAAAGUUUAUCAGUGUCGUAUUUGUAAUGCUAAACUUUCGUCUCUUACUGAACAAGGAAAUCAUGAGCGGCUGUGCCGGAAAGCAACAGUUUGUGCUUACUGCAGUCUUCUGUUUUCUUCUCCAGAACUGAAGCAUGACCAUGAAGUCACAUGUGAAUAUAAGAAGCUCACUUGCUUGGAGUGUAUGCGAACUUUUAAAUCCUCCUUCAGUAUUUGGCGCCAUCAAGUUGAGGUGCACAAUCAAAAUACUAUGGCUCCAACAGAGAAUUUUUCUUUACCAGUUUUGGAGCACAAUGGUGAAGUAAGUAAUGCUUCAAAACCACAUUAUCAAGCAGAGCCUAACAAAAUUGGCAGCUUUCUUGCAGCUAAAGAAGAUGGUGUGUUUAGUGAUUCCUCAGAGCAAAUCAAUUUUGAUUCAGAAGAUUCCUCAUGCCUUCCUGAAGACCUUAGUCUUUCAAAACAGCUGAAAGUUCAAAUUAAAGAAGAACCUAUGGAUGAUGUAGAAGAGGAGGUCUCUGAAAGCAGCCGGGAACCAAAGGAAGGCAUUGCUAAUAAGGAGACUGGUUUGUGGCCCUGUGAAAAGUGCGGAAAAAUUUUCACUGUACACAAGCAGCUAGAGCGUCAUCAAGAGCUUUUAUGCUCAGUGAAGCCCUUUAUUUGCCAUGUGUGUAAUAAGGCUUUUCGAACCAAUUUCCGACUAUGGAGUCAUUUCCAGUCCCAUAUGGCACAAGCUUCGGAAGAACCUUUGCGAAAAGAACCUGAGAUGUGCUCUUCUGCUAAUUCUCCUUCACCACCACCUUUGCCUCCACCCCCUCCACUACCCAAAAUACAGCCUUUGGAACCUGAUAGUCCUACAAGCCUGUCAGAAACCCCUUCAGGUAGUGAGAAGUUAUUUGUCCCACAGAAGUCUGACACACUUUUUUAUCAUGCUCCACCUUUGUCAGCUAUCACAUUUAAAAGACAGUAUAUGUGCAAACUUUGCCAUAGGACAUUCAAAACUGCAUUUAGUCUUUGGAGCCAUGAACAGACACACAAUUAAAGAAAAAAGUUUUAAAAGAGUGCCUACAGAUAAUUUCAAAUAUCUGUUUAAUUUCUGUGAUGUUUCUGAAAUUGUAUCACUGAAAGUAGAAUAUAUAUAUAUAUAUUAUGGCAUACACAUGCAAAGGGGAAAAAUCCUCUCAAAAUUAAACUUGAAAUUUGUGAUGCUGUGUUUUGGAUAUAGAAAUGAAAGUAAACUAAAUUUAUCCUUAUUAGAGAAAAUUGUGCAAACCUUUUGAUAUUGUGAUUUCAGAUUUCCUAGUUAUAGAAUAUUUGCAUUCAUUAAAUCUGAGUAUAUAUUUCUCAUAAUGUUAUACUGGUAAACAUGGAUACAUGUAAAAAGAAUCAGUGACUUAAGUAUUUAGAGUACAGCAAAAUUUCAUGCUAGUUGUUUUUACAGAAAAUAACUCAUGAGCUCCAUGAGACAUUCAUUUGAUGUUAAGGGAAGAAGUGGAUUGAGUGCUUCGCUGGGUUGGCCUUGGUCCUGUUGAACAUUAGCAAUAAUGAAUAAAACCUCAAUUGAAUUAACUUGA